AUGCUGGCAGGAUUUGGCCCUGGUAAAGUAUCCGCCUGCGUUCCCAGCUGCUCGGUUCAGCUGCCGCAGAGGAAUGCAGGGCUGCCGAGGGCGCUGGCACGGGAUGGGGUCCGAACUUCCAGUGAAAAAAAAACUCCAUCUCAGCGCCUGGCUCUAAACUCUGUCGGUGCAAUGGCAGAAUCUGAUAAAGCAAAUCACUGCCUGACAAUAAUUCAAUUUAGAUUCUUCUCCCUCACCAGCAUUCAAAUCCUGUUUGAGCCAGCCACUUUCCUGAAUAUAGCUUUAAGCAUUUGGAGAGCUUUGGAAAGAGACACGUACCUUCACGAGCAGUACUGGCACUACGUGCUGCCCACCCGGGAGGCGCCCAGGGGAUCUCUGCCUCUCCCCGUUGCCCACGCAGAUUGCCGUCACCGAUGGCUCCCGGCAAAGCAGCGCGUUGCUGUCGCCAGCGAUGCCGACCGGGGCCAGGGAAGCCAGAUGACAGCAGAGUGCCCGGGAGAACUUUGUAGGAAGCCCCCGCAGCCUGCGGCUGCCUGGCAGGUCACAGCGGGGGCUGUCUGGUCGGUCUCGCUGCUCCUUACUCUGCCCAUGAUGCUGAUGGUCACCCUGACCGAGGGGGGCAAGGCAGAGGGCAAGGUGAAGAGGAUGUGUGCACCCACCUGGAGCAUGGACGCUUACCGGACCUACCUGACGGUGCUCUUCAGCACCAGCAUCAUGGCCCCAGGAAUCAUCAUUGGUUUCCUCUACACGCGCCUGGCCAGGACCUACCUGGAGUCCCAGAGGAACCCCCCGCACAAGGAGAAAAGCAAGAGAUCCCCCCGGCAGAAGGUCCUCAUUAUGAUUUUCAGCAUCGUGCUGGUCUUCUGGGCCUGCUUCCUGCCGUUUUGGAUCUGGCAGCUGGUGCGACUCUACAGUAGCUCCCUGCAGCUCACCACCCAAACCCAGAAGUGCAUUAACUACCUGGUGACCUGCCUGACCUACAGCAACAGCUGCAUCAACCCCUUCCUCUACACCCUGCUCACCAAAAACUACCGGGAAUACCUGCGCAACAGGCACCGCAACUUCUACAGGUUCUCAUCCUCCUUUCGCAAGAGGGGCUCCAACCUGCAGUGCUCCUGGGGACGGUCCAUGUCUUCCAGCAACCAGUACGACUACAGCUUGGAGGCCCUGGGCAUGGCCACACUGAAGGACAAGUGA